AAUGGUUUGCGAAAUGGAUAGGGGUAAGUCUGUCAAAGUUGUUCGACACUGUCAUCAUAUGGCCGCCAAGGAGAGAGUUGCAGUUGUUGAACCAAGAUGCCAAAAGUUGAAUAAGACAAAAGGUCUAACCUACAGACUUUUUUACAAUAGAAGCCUUAUUUUGCUACCAAAUAGAGAGAACUCCUUUGAAGAAUUCACCGGGCGUUUUCAAAUAGUAAAUGAGAAAAAGUGGAUAGAUUUCGACGAUAUAUUUCUACAGGAACACAAGACUAUAUGCAAAUCAUUUGAUUUUAAAUAUGAAUAUUUGACUGGAAAAUUUAAUUCUAUAGAAUUUAACGAUAGAAGAAGUUAUUUGCAUUGCGGUAAAACUAUCAAAACAUUAAGGGAUUGCAGAUUAAAAUUCUAUAAAAGUGCUGGGUAA